UGUUCCCACUUUUCAUCUGUUUCAUACAAACCCACUGAUUUAGUCGGACUCGAACAACACUGGUGUCAAAUCUGGAGACCACCAGCGUCCCCUCCAUGAGCUGCCAGCCCUACCUCCCCGUCUUCCUUCACCAAGCCGAGGCAGAAGACCUCACCUCGACACCCCGGUCAGUUGACUCUCCUGAGCGGUGUGAGGAACAUGAAGAGAGCCUGUCUAUGUUCUGUUUGGAUGACCUGGAGCCUUUAUGUGAACAAUGUGCAGCUGUGAGCCACGCAGGACACAGGGUUUACCUCCUGACUGAGGCUGCAACUGACUGCAAGGAGGAGCUCAGGACAUCACUAAAUGUACUGAAGAAGAAGAUGAUCUCCUUUGAGGUAGUCACACAGACCUGCCAACAUGUAUCCAGACAUAACCAGGGUGAGGCCAAACUCACAGAAGAGCACAUAAAGAAUGAUUUUGAGAGUCUUCACCAGUUUUUGAGAGAGGAGGAAGCAGCCAGGUUACUCGUGCUCAGGGAGGAAUGGGAGGAGAAGAAGAGAGGGGCAGAAGAAGAGAUAGACAGAAUGAAUCGGAUGAUAAAAUCUCUGGAAGAAAAGAUCCAACUGGUUGAAGAGGAGCUAGAUGCAGGUGGAGACGGGGUUGGAUUUUUAGAGCACUACCAAGACACGAUGAGUAGCACACGUCACAGGGAGCCACAGAAGGUUUGCAGACCUCUAAUAGAUGUAGCCAAACACCUGGGUAACCUCCAGUAUGCCGAGUGGGAGAAGAUGAAACACAUCGCCCCGUACACUCCAGUGACCCUGGACCCCAGGACAGCUGGCCAGUCUCUGAGGGUGUCUCCUGGGUUAAACAGCUUCCAUAUUAACCCUGGACCCUCACACGGGCUGGAACAGAGUCUGGAUCUUGCUGUCCCUAUCCCAUGCGAUAACCCUGAACGUUUCCACCCUUCUUCCCGCAUCCUUGCGAGAGAGGGCUUUGAAUCAGGACUGCACUGUUGGGAUAUUGCGGUUGGUGCCACCAACAAUUGGACCAUCGGUGUGGCUGCUCAGUCAGUGUCCAGAAAGGCAGAGUUUGAGGUCUGUCCAGAGGCAGGACUCUGGUGCAUCAGCCUGCGAGAAGGCGAGUACCGAGCCCUAACCGCUCCCGCUCAGACACUAAACUCACACCAGCUCAGCAGGGUCAGUGUGAGGCUGGACUGGGAUGAAGGGACCCUGGAUUUCACGGACGCUGAUUCUGAAACACAUCUUUUCACGUUUAGACAUCGCUUUACUGAAAAGAUGUACCCAUUCUUUGAGAGCACAGCGUUGUGUGGGGGCUUUGCUGUGUUGGCAAAGAGAGUGAACAUCUGCGUGGGGUCAGAUUACGUCCCCGUGGAGGACACUGCUAUCACUGAGGAGGAUCAGGUAAUGAAAAGUGAAUCUUGCACUGAGGGAGACAUUAAUGCUUCAUCAACCAAAACCAACAGCAAGAUAUCAGAGUGCGGACGUCUGACGGAAGACAAAAAAAUUACGAUUUGUUCUGUAAGAGAGGAGAAGAAAACAAUACCUCAGAGAUGCAGCACGAAGGACCAGCUCAUUAAAACAAAACCCGCUGGAAAGGAAAAGACAAACGACAACAAAACUGCUGCCAAAAAACAGAGCAGCAAGCCAAAGCUCAAUGUGACCUAUCAUGUUUCACUGAACAGAGCUCAACAACAAUGAACGUGAAUGACAAACAAAUCAUAACGUGUUUAGUCCUAUGAGCAAAUACUUAGCAUGCUAACACUGAA